UUGAUCUUUGUUCAAUACAAACCUUACUUUCCAGUUUUUAGAUUGAAACCUUUCGAGCGACUUCGAGUUCUCAGUCACAUAGAAUAUCUAUGAAAAUGAACACGCCUUUACUUCUGCAAUUGAGCUUUGCUUAUUAUUUGUCUGUUACUUUGAUAGGAUCUGAAAAUUUUAAAUGGCAAUAUUUUCAUUGCCCUGGAAACGCCGCCAUUGCGGGGGACGAGGUCCGCACUGAAGUGAGAACCGUGUCACGACUGGACUGUUUGAGCAGGUGUAUUAGUUGUCAGGCUGUAGGUUUCAAUGAGGACACGAAGGAGUGCCGCCACUACAUGCAGCAAAACAGCACCAUUAUUCCCAUGCUUAACAAUGCAGUUGGUCCAAGGUUGUGGAUAAGUCAACGGAUGAAAUUGUCUGCAGCACAGAGUACUGAUUUAAGUCAAAUGAUGUUUGAAGAGGCAGCUCAACUUUGUCGCUUACUGGGUGGUCGCUUAGCAACAUACAGAGAGCUUUCUAAUGCAAGACAGGAGGGAUUUCAUCUUUGUUGCUGCGGUUGGCUGAGUGACAGAUCAGCACGAUUUGUGCUGCAUCAUGAAGACUCAACAUGCGAGCAUCAGCAAACUCCUGGACUUCACACGUGCAAGAUAUUUAAUUCCAACGGUCAAAGAGUUUAUGAUACACAAUAUGGAGCUGCAUAUUGCGCCUUCACUGUAUAAUUUUUUUAAUUUUAUUUGUAUGUUGGUGUUUAUACUAUACAUGUUGGCUUCGUAUUCACGAUGGUACACAGUUAGAUACGUUUCACACAGAAACGUUUUACCUUGGAUUUGACCAAGUGAUCCAAGUGGCAUUGUUUUAACGUUUCAUAUCCUGAUAUCGUUCGUUCUCCACUAAAUGUAUUCUCGAGCUUAUUUUUUGCAUACAGGUCAGAUACUGCUAUGGAUUUGUUGAAUAAAUCAUAAAAGUCAACGAGACAUAAGCUGGUUGAAUAAAAAGGUAAUGAUUACAAUACAAAGUUUGCUGUGAAAUUUGGAAUAUUUUACAAGUGUCUAAGUGAAUGCAUGACUAUUUAAUUGUUACUUUUGAAUAGUGUGCAUUUUACCUGUAUAUGCAAUUCAAGAAAGGGGGUGCUUGUGUUUGAAGAGAAAUUGUAAAAAAAAAUAAGUCUUUAUAAAAUUACCAUAUUAGAAGAAUCACAUUUAGAUUGUCAUUCCUCAAUUUUGGGGUAUGUGACAGAGUCAUUUUUUAAUGAAAGCCUUUGGAAAAGUCAUUAGCAGUGCCUGACCUGCAAAAUAAUACACGCAUGCACAUGUAAGUACAUUGUGUCCGCUGUGUUACAUAUGGAAAAAAAAGUUUUCAUAGUGUUCCAGUCUGACUUUAAAUUACCUACAUAAACUGAAGUUUUAAAUGUUACCUUAUACGUGGUAAAAAGUUAAUACAUACAGUUAUCUUUUGUAAAAAUCAUUGACAUCAAUCUGCCUGAUUUCCAUUGUUGUAGAGAUGUUGACAACGAACUGAAUCUGAAAUAUAAAUCAGCGUUAGCCUCUCACUUACGAAAACAUUUUAGAAGAAAAUUUUUACCUUCCAAAAGACAGCUCGGCUAUAUUGCCUUUUGAUAUUAAUAUGGAUAAGUUAUGAAAAAUGUAUAUGGCAAUUUGGUGUUUUCAAAAUGUUCAAUUGUACCACAAGUUGCUAGACAACCAUAUCAUUUGUAUGAACCUGUUGUUUUAAUUUAGAAAUAUUCUUAAAAUACAGUUACAGUUAAAUUCCUUUUAAUAAAACAGCUAUUUCUGAAA